AUGGCGCCAAGCGAAGUGAAGACAGAGAGCAGUGAGGAGAAGAUGGACAUGUUAUGGGAGAACUUCAAUGAAGAGGAGCUUCUAAGGGUUUCUUCUAAUUCCUUAGGCAGGAAGAAACAAUAUUCAGAUGAUAGUUUGGAUUCUGAAUCUGGAAGAGGAAUGAAUCAGCUUUGUUGUGCCAAGAAAGACUUGAAGAUGCCUAAAUCAGAGAAAAAUAGCCUCAUAAGUGCUCCUGCUCGGCAUAAGAGACAGUAUUGUUGUGAUGUUCAAGCAUUUGCAGAAGAUUUUCUUGCUUCGAAGCUCAUCUCCAGAUCCAACAAAGAAUCAUAA